UGGUUUUUUGGCUUUAAUUUUCAGUCUGUUCCUUUGUUUGACGAAGUGUGGUAGGAUGAGGAAAAAAAGUGAACUAGAUGAUCUUGCCAUUGAUGUGUCCUUUGGUGAUGAAUUUGGGAAUGGGUUGGGACCUAGGAUGUUCUCUUACGAUGAAUUGUCCAAAGCAACUAAGGAUUUUGCAGAUGAAGAGAAGCUUGGCGAGGGAGGAUUUGGAGCAGUAUAUAAAGGUGUCUUGAGGGAUUCCAAUGCAAAUGUUGCGGUUAAAAGGGUUUGGGAGAGGUCAAAAGAAGGAAUCAAAUCAUAUGAAUCAGAAGUGAAGAUUAUUAGUCGUUUGAGGCAUAGGAAUUUGGUAAAGCUUAUUGGAUGGUGCCAUGAGAAGGAACUUUUACUUGUUUACGAGUUCAUGCCUGGUGAGAUGGAGUGUUUGUUGGUUGUUGGUUUAUGGUGCGCAUAUCCUUCCCCCAUUAUGAGACCAUCAAUGAGGCAAGCAAUCCAGGUGCUUAAUUUUGAGGCAGACCUCCCAAAUCUACCAAGUAAUAGACCUAUUCCUAAUUAUGACAUCCCUGGUACUUCAGUCAUUGGAACAAGUGAACCUGGUACUUCAGUCACCGGAACAAGUGAAUCUGGUUCAAUUAGCAUUACUAUGCCACGCUAAUUCUCAUGUCAUACCUCAUACAAAUUCUUCUUCUUCUUCUUCUUCUUUUUUCAAUAAUAUGUAUGUUCUUUAUAGAAAACAAGUUUCUUUACUGUUUGAGAUUAAUGUAUUAUUGGCAUUUCAGUUUGUAUUUUCUAUUUUUAUGGCAUUUUUAUGCCUCUAAGCUGUUCCCUUAAGCGAUUAAAAUUUCUGUUAAUUA